AUGCCGCCAAAUACAGUGCCUGAUGAGGAACCUAGGGAUAGUGAGGGAAGGCAUUGCGACCAUACUGAGAAUGACAGUGAGACAAAACGGUAUCCUCAAAGAGAAAGGAACCCUCCCAGAUACUUAGAAGAGGACACCCUCCUCCCUAAGAAUGCCGAUUGUGCCCACAUUAGUGUAUAUUACUGCUACAAAGUUUGUGGAUUACCACAAAAUUACACAGAAGCCAUGGGAUCACCUCAAGCUAGGGAGUGGGAGAAAGCAAUGAAGGAAGAGAUCAGUUCUCUGAAAGAGAAUGAUACUUACGAAUUAUCAACUUUACCAGAAGGUAAUUAAAAGCUUCAGUAGGGGGGAAAUAGGUGUACACAACCAAACAAGAUCAGAAUGGCAUAGAGACCUUUAAGGCCAGAUAUGUAGCGAAGGGUUACAGCCAGGUAAAGGGUAUAGAUUAUCAAGAAACUUUCGCCCCGACAGCCAGUAUUACUUCAAUUAGGGUCUUCAUGCAGUUAGCAGUAAAACACGAUCUUAUUGUCCACCAGAUGGACGUUAAAACUGCAUAUCUGCAUGCCCCCAUUACUCAAGAGUUAUACAUAGACCAGCACAAGGGUUUGAAGAGGUUUCAGAGAGUGGUGAGAGGUUAGUAUAUAGGCUAAAGAAAUCACUAUAUGGUCUAAAACAAUCAGGUAGAAAUUGGAACAUAUUGUUACACGAGCAUUUAGCAAAUGACGGUUUUGUCAGAAACCAUGCUGACCACUGCGUAUAUAAGAAACAAGUUGAUGAUAAAAUUGUUAUCGUCAUUGUUUGGGUUGAUGACCUAAUUAUAGCUUCAGAUAGUAUGCAGUUAAUGGAAGAAUUUAAAGAAAGUAUGAAGAUACAAUUUAAGAUGAAAGAUCUAGGUAGAAUCACUUUCUUCCUUGGAAUGGAUUUUAAGCAAAGCAAGGGUGAAAUAAAAAUGAAUCAGAAAAGAUUCAUUCUUAAAAUACUAGAGAGAUUUGGAAUGAUAGACUGCAAGCCCAGGUUAACCCCAUCUGAGCAACGAUUAGAAUUUAACUGUGGUGAAUUGUCCAACGCCAGACAGUAUAGAGAAAUGAUAGGAAGCCUAAUUUAUGCCAUGACCUGUACAAGGCCUGAUUUAAGUUGGAUUGUAAGCAGACUGUCUCAAACUCUGUCAAACCCCAGAACGGGAGAUUUAAUUGCUGCCAAACAUGUCCUAAGGUAUCUAAAGCGUACCGUGGACUAUGAACUCUGCUUUAAGAAAUCUGAUGCUGACUUGCAGCUCACUGCUUGUUAUAGUGAUUCAGAUUGGGCCUCUUGCCUGGAAGACAGGCGAAGUACUACAGGUUACUGUUGUACUCUAACUGAAGGAGGACCACUGAUUUCCUUGGUAUGGUGUGAUAGUUUGAGGAAAUACAUAUGA